AUGGCGAUAGUGUCUUAUUAUAUAUUCAUAUUUUUCAGGGGAGUGCCUCAAAUUGAAGUUACUUUUGAGGUUGAUCAAAAUAGGAUUCUACAAGUAAGAGCAGAAGACAAGGCAGCAAAGAAGUCAAAAUCCAUCACGAUAAAAAAUGAGAAGGGUAGUCUAAGCCAAGAAGAGAUUGAGAGAAUGGUAAAAGAGGCUGAAGAAUUUUCCGAAGAAGAUAAGAAGUGGAAAGAGAAGAUUGACGCCAAGAACAAGCUUGAAACUUACGUUUACAACAUGAAAAGCACUGUAAAGGACAAGGGCAAGCUUGCUGAUAAGAUCGAUAGUGACGAUAAAGAAAAGAUCGAUAGCACUCUGAAGGAGGCUCUUGAAUGGUUGGAUGAUAACCAAAAUGUUGAGAAAGAAGAUUACGAUGAGAAACUAAAAGAAGUCGAGGAAGUGUGUAAUCCUGUUAUUCAAAAAGUUUACCAGAGAAGUGGUGGAGCUUCUUCUUCUUCCGAUGAGGACGAAUCACAUGAGGAAUUGUAGAGAAUUGAGUUGCUUGUAUUGAUGUUAGUAUAUAGUUUACAUCUUAUUGUUCUUCUCUUCUCUUCUCGUUAAAGAAGAUGUUAGUUUUCAAUUUCGUUUGCUUUCAAAUCAUUCAGUUGAC